AGGUGGUCAAGUUACAACCCUUCCAGUAGCGAGAAGGGUCCUAGAGUGCAGAUGUGGAGACUGAGGAUAGACAUGUUAUAGGACAGGGAUUUUAUCUGGAUGCCGUAUAGCUCCCCCAAGGUACUGCAGGUUGUGCAUCCAGAGGCUUUGGAGCCUCGGCAUACGGCGUUGUGGCGGUCUGUGACGUCACUGAUAUACUUUGCUGUCAUAGAGUGGCAUCAGAUAGAUAGGGUUCUACCGCAGUUCGGCGGAGUCCAGUCCCGUAUGCAUCCCGCCCUGAACAUCGACUUUCUGAUGUCGAAGGACGACAGAGGUGGUGAUCGUUGGUUCCCGUACGCUUUGCAGUCAUGGCAUCUCCAUUGGGAGUCCCGUGCGGACCACGUGCUCAGGUUCGAUGUUGUUGCAGACCCUAGACCGUCACAUGAGUUCCUAGAGUGGUGGAGUCAGCAUGGAAAGAGGUUCUUGUCUCCGGAGAUGUACUUAGGGGAUUCGAGAGCCGUUCUUAUUCCCAUGGAGGUGUCACAGAGGGGUGCUGGGCGAGUUCCUGACAUGGAUCGUGUUGACUACGUGCCGGACAGGCGUCGGGUCGAGAGGAGAGCUCGUGUGGGGACCAGCCUCUGUCGGGAGCCUCAAGCGCAGCCUUGAUGCCGUUAUGCCUGUCCGAUAUAACUAGCAGACUCGGUUGCAGUGUCACGUGCUGACGCAGAUGGGAGAGAAAGAAUGACCAAGACUCAGCAUUCUCACCCUCAACCAGUGCGAAUGCAACAGGGAGUAUGUUGGAGUUCCCGUCCUGUGCAGCAAUCGCGACAAGCAAUGUUCCCCCAUACUUGCCAUACAGAUGGGUGCCGUCAAUACUAACCAGCGGCUUGCAAUGACAGAAUGCCUCGAUGCACGGUGGAAACAUCCAUAACAGUCUGUGAAAAUAAGCUUGAGACUCGUCGAGCUAUCCACCAACUCAAAUAGGGCUCGUCCUUAGGACUGCAACAGUACCAGGCAUCGUCAACUGGACUCCCAACACCCACCUGGGGAGCUCGUUGUACGACUCAUCCCAGUCACCAUA